AUGACUGGCCAGAGCCUGUGGGACGUGUCGGAGGCCAACGUCGAGGAUGGAGAAAUCCGCAUCAACGUGGGCGGCUUCAAGAAGCGGUUGCGCUCGCACACGCUGCUGCGCUUCCCCGAAACGCGCCUGGGCCGCCUGCUGCUCUGCCACUCGCGCGAGGCCAUUCUGGAGCUCUGCGACGACUACGACGACGCCCAGCGCGAGUUCUACUUUGACCGCAACCCCGAGCUCUUCCCCUACGUGCUGCACUUCUACCGCACCGGCAAGCUUCACGUCAUGGCAGAGCUGUGCGUCUUCUCCUUCAGCCAGGAGAUUGAAUACUGGGGCAUCAACGAGUUCUUCAUCGACUCCUGCUGUAGCUACAGCUACCACGGCCGCAAAGUGGAGCCCGAGCAGGAGAAGUGGGACGAGCAGAGCGAGCAGGAGAGCACCACGUCCUCCUUCGACGAGAUCCUGGCCUUCUACAACGACGCCUCCAAGUUCGAUGGGCAGCCCCUGGGCAACUUCCGCAGACGGCUGUGGCUGGCGCUGGACAACCCCGGCUACUCGGUCCUGAGCAGGGUCUUCAGCGUCCUGUCCAUCCUCGUGGUGCUGGGGUCCAUCAUCACCAUGUGUCUCAAUAGCCUGCCAGACUUCCAGAUCCCUGACCGCCAGGGCAACCCGGGCGAGGACCCCAGGUUCGAAAUUGUGGAGCACUUUGGCAUCGCCUGGUUCACCUUUGAGCUGGUGGCCAGGUUCGCCGUGGCCCCCGACUUCCUCAAGUUCUUCAAGAACGCCCUAAACCUGAUCGACCUCAUGUCCAUCGUCCCCUUUUACGUCACGCUGGUGGUGAACCUGGUCGUGGAGAGCACGCCUACCUUGGCCAACUUGGGCAGGGUGGCCCAGGUCCUAAGGCUGAUGCGGAUUUUCCGCAUCUUAAAGCUGGCCAGACACUCCACUGGCCUCCGCUCCCUGGGGGCCACCCUGAAAUACAGCUACAAGGAAGUAGGGCUGCUUCUGCUCUACCUCUCUGUGGGGAUUUCCAUCUUUUCUGUAGUGGCCUAUACCAUCGAAAAGGAGGAGAACGAGGGCCUGGCCACCAUCCCCGCCUGCUGGUGGUGGGCCACUGUUAGUAUGACCACCGUAGGGUACGGGGAUGUGGUCCCAGGGACCACAGCAGGGAAGCUGACCGCCUCUGCCUGCAUCCUGGCAGGUAUCCUGGUGGUGGUACUACCCAUCACCUUGAUCUUCAAUAAAUUCUCCCACUUUUAUCGGCGCCAGAAGCAACUUGAGAGUGCUAUGCGCAGCUGUGACUUCGGAGAUGGAAUGAAGGAGGUCCCUUCCAUCAAUUUAAGGGACUAUUAUGCCCAUAAAGUUAAAUCCCUCAUGGCGAGCCUGACGAACAUGAGCAGGAGCUCGCCAAGCGAACUAAGUUUAAAUGAUUCCCUACAUUAG